GUGAUUAAAUGUAGAGCCAGCCGGAAAUUUAGGCCGGAAUCAGACUACACAUUGAAGAAUGAGAAUUGAAAAUUGAAAGAUUGAAGUUCGAUCAAUUAGAAAAGGAGCCAAAAUUUCUUUCUUUUUAUUGGUGAAAUUUCAAUCUUUAAUCAUCAAUCUGAAUCUUUAAUGCAUAGUUUGAUUCCAGCCUUAGAAUACAUAGAUUUAAAGUAAUAUCCUGAUUAGCUCAUCGACUUAAGUUCAUAUCUUAAGUUAAUGAAACCAUACAGUAAAUCUACACAGCAUGAAGUUAAGGAAAUAGAAAUUCCAGUACCUUGGGGCAAAGUGGCUGGUAAAUUAUGGGGAUCGCAAAAUAAACAACCUAUCCUGGCUUUGCAUGGUUGGCAAGAUAAUGCUGCGUCAUUUGAUAACAUAGCACCAUUUAUUAUGAAAAAUGUACCUGUUCUGGCAAUUGAUUUACCUGGACAUGGUCUAUCUUCAUGGUUACCACCAGGAUUUAUGUAUAGUGAAUUGAUAUACUUUUUGUUAAUCAAAAGAAUUAAAAGAUAUUUUGGAUGGGAAAAAAUAAAAGUAAUGGCGCAUUCCUUAAAUGCAAUGACAAUAUAUUGGUAUGCUGCGACUUUUCCAAUGGAGCUACAAUAUGUUAUAGCUUUGGAUUUUUUCAAAUUUGUAUCUAUUAGUACAAGCAUACAUACUCCUAUAUUUAGAAAUGCAGUUGAUGCGUUUUUUAAACUUGAGGAAGAUUAUGUUCAACCAAGUUAUACGCAAAGUGAGAUUAUGAAGAAGAUAUCUACAGGACUAUAUAUGUUAAAUUUAGAUGAAUCAUCAACUAAAAUACUUAUGACUAGAGGUGUUAUGCAAAAAGAGGAUGGAAUGUAUGUUGUAAAUAGAGAUCCUAGAAUGCGAGUUAUACCCAUCCAUAAUAUGGUUUCGUCAGAGCAAGUAGAAGAGUACGCAAAGUUUAUAACAUGCCCAUAUUUAAUAAUCAAAGGAGACAUUAAUUUUUAUGGUGAGGACAGAGAACUCUUUUAUAAGACGCUGGAAAUAAUGAGAGCAACUAAUGACACAGUACAAUUUGAGAUUCUGUCAGCAACACAUCAUCUUCAUCUCACACAUCCAAAAGAUACAGCAGCAAUUAUCAAUCCCUUUUUAGAAAAAUAUGAUUAACUAUCCACAUACUCUCAAGACACAAAUAUAAUAAUCACGCGUUAUAAUGGAUCAUUCUUAUGCUGAGUUCAAUUUAUAUUACGAAAUUUUGGUUUGAGUAUCCAGCUAAAUAUAAUAGACGACAAUUGAAAUUUGUAAUUUUGGAAAAUAG